GGGGAUUGUUGUGUAGUGCGCUCAGCUCCACUUUCUACUCUUGAGGUCACUGGUUUCAGAGGGAAGAGAGGCUCUGGAAAAUGAUCACUGUUUUGAGUCGUCUGGAUAAUUGGACGCCUGUGUUUUUAAAGUGAGAAAUGGAAACGAAGCCUAGAAGAUAAACGCCUGCUAGGUUCCACACGGUGCCGCCGAUAUCACAGAACCUCUGUCUGUCUGCAGUACCUUUGAAGUAGGUGCAAAUGCCUAACACUUAGACAAAACUGCUUGUCCUUACAAGACGGUGUGAAAACCAAGUUGCCAUGGGGAACCAGCUGACAGAGAUUGCCCCCAAUACAGCGUUCCUGCCUAACUUCCAGUCCAUCCACGUUGUGGUCAUUGGUUUGGACUCUGCAGGCAAAACCUCGCUUCUCUACAGACUGAAGCUGAAGGAAUUUGUUGAAACUAUCCCAACCAAGGGAUUUAACACUGAGAAGAUUAAAGUUCCGGUAGGAAAUGGCCGUGCCAUUACCUUCCAGGUGUGGGACGUGGGUGGUCAGGACAAGCUUCGGCCAUUGUGGAAGUCUUACACGCGGCGCACGGAUGGCAUGGUCUUUGUAGUGGACUCCACGGAGGUGGAGCGCAUGGAGGAGGCUAAGGUGGAGUUGCACAAGAUCACGCGUACUUCAGAGAACCAAGGAGUGCCAGUGCUGGUGUUGGCUAACAAACAGGACCUUCCAGUCGCACUGCCUGUUUCUGAUGUGGAGAAGAUUUUGGCUGUACAUGAACUGAGUGCAUCCACCCUACACCAUGUUCAAGGAUGCAGUGCGGUUGAUGGGCAGGGGUUACAGCUCGGUUUGGAAAAACUGUAUGAUAUGAUCCUCAAACGAAAGAAAAUGGUGAGGCACAGCAAGAAAAAAAGAUAAACUGAAUGGGACAGUAUAUUCUACUUGCGAAGCUCCUCAGUUGUAGGAUUUUUCAGCAAAUCUCUGAAUGAAGGAAAUGCUCCAGAUGGCCCAGUGGUCAGGAGAAAACAGAUUUGACCCUUAUGUGUCACACAGUAUUGAACUGCUUACUUCCAUGCCUAGUAAUUGCUGUGCAGCUCCCAUUUGUAAUCAAGGAAUAUAUGAUAGCAUUGAUAGACUGAAGCAUCAGCAGAAUUUAAGCCUAUAUCCUUGCCUUUUCUUUUUCAUGCAAGAAAGAGAUUUAAUUAUAGCUUGGCAAUAUUUUCACAAGACAUCAGACAUAAUUUUUUCCCACAAACGUUCACUUGAUUGCCAGUGCCGAUAUAAAAAAGGCCAUAUAAAUGUUCACGCUAUGUUAGUUGUGGAACUGAAGUGUUAAGCGAAUCACAGAGAUUCACUAUUCACAGAUCUACGUUUUAGUUGGAAACCCUGUUCGUUUUUACAUGGUGUAAAUAGUUUUUUUUUUAAAGCUGUAGAAUGAAUAAAUUAUAGACUGCUUUGACGCAGACAGUUUCAGAAGCUGUAUCUUUUAUUCCUGAUGCUGAAUGGUGUUUGCUUAAAUAAAUGAUAAUCUUUGUUAUAAUUAA